AUGAAGUUAACUUUCAAGGAUCUCAAACAACAGAAGUUUGUCAUCGAAGCAGAACCAUCUGAGUUGAUUUCGGACGUGAAGGAGAAAAUCUCAAAAGAGAAGGGAUGGGAAGCCUCAUUGCAAAAGCUUAUCUACUCUGGCAAGAUUCUGCAAGAUGCCAACACAGUCGAGUCUUAUAAAAUCGAGGAGAAGGGAUUCAUAGUCUGUAUGAUCCAAAAGCCCAAGGCUGUUCCCGCAGCAUCUGCGUCUACCUCGACCCCUGCGAAACCCCCAGCGACUCCUGCCCCAGCUGUUGCUUCAACGCCAGCGCCUCCAGCAGCUCCAAUCGCGCAGACUGGUUCUUCAGCUUCAGGUGAUGUGCCGGCAACUCCUACGCCAGCUGGAACUGGAGCAUCGGCUCCAUCUGGUAACUCGUCCGGCUUGGCUAUGGGUGCAGAGAGAGCCGCCCAAAUUGCAGAAAUGGAAAGCAUGGGUUUCGAGAGAUCACAAAUUGAUUUGGCUAUGCGGGCAGCUUUUUUCAAUUCCGAACGCGCCAUCGAAUAUCUCUUGACCGGUAUCCCCGAAAAUCUACAGCAAGAACAGAGAGCUCCUCCAGCGGCCGACGCUUCCGCCGAUACAUCAGACGCCCCACCCGCGGCAGAGGAUCAAGCUGCAGCAGGCGUGCCAGAUGAUCUUUUCGAACGUGCCCGGCUUGGAGCAGCGGCUGGUGGUGGUGGCGGUGGGAGUCCGUUUGGUUCUAUGGGCGCUGGUGGUGCGGCUGGUGCGGGCGCGGCCCCUGGUGGAUUAGGGAACCUCGAUUUUCUACGAAACAAUGCCCAAUUUCAACAGUUACGGCAGGUCGUUCAGCAAAACCCACAGAUGCUUGAGCCCAUUCUUCAACAAGUUGGUGCUGGUAAUCCACAACUGGCGGCUUUGAUUGGUCAGCACCCUGAACAAUUUCUCCAAUUGUUGAGCGAGGACGGUGAUAAUGACGCGCCAUUGCCUCCUGGAGCCCAAGCUACUCAGAUCAGUGUCACUGAGCCAGAACGAGCGGCCAUUGAACGUUUGUGUCUUCUUGGCUUCCCUCGUGACCAAGCUAUCCAAGCUUACUUCGCAUGCGACAAGAACGAGGAGCUGGCGGCAAACUUCCUUUUUGAUCAACCAGAUGACGAGAUGGAGUGA